CACAGCUGUUGUGUGCAGAGACCUGGACUGUGGCUCUGCUGUUUAUGGAGAAAAGAGAGAUGAUUUUCCACAGAGUCGUGUGUGGAGGGUCAGACCUGACUGUGUGAAGAAGUCUUCAGUGAGAGAAUGUGUCUAUGGUUCAUUCUCUUCUUCCUCUGAGGGUCUGGAGGUGAUGUGUUCAGACUUGGUCCUGAAUCGUCCAAUCAUCUCCGUGUCUGUGAGUGACGGGGCGUCCGAGCUCCAGCCUCAGGGGGUGCAGGUGCAGCUGGGCUCACAAUAGUUAUGAUUUGGCAAAUAAAAUAAAAUCCAUAAACUGCCACUUAACUGAUGUAAACCUGUGAUAAAUAUUUAUUACAUGCACUAUCCACCAAACCAAGUUAGAAAAUCAAUUGUAUGCAAGUUUUUAAACAAAAAUAAUAUAUUCACAGUGUAUAGUAGUAGUAGUAGUCUUGUCUUAGUAUUGUCGGUAUUUUGUAAUCUAAAUCAGUUUAUAUUUAUAACAUGUUUUUUGUUCAUGUCAGGAGGAGAAUGGUGAGCCAGUGAAGACCCUGUGCUUGGGCACCAUAAACACUCCAGUACUGGGUCUGGGACUGUGCAGUCACUCUGCAGACAGUCGGGGGGGCACUGUGGGGGAGCUGUGGCUCCAGGAUCCUCUCGUUUACAGCAGAGUACGAUGUGUGUAAAAGUAUCGACACCAAACCCAGCCCCGCUCUACAGUCUCGUACGUUGAGCUCUGAGGCUUGUAUCUCGCGGUUGGCUGUGGACAAACUGGUUUAUGUGAGUAAAGUUGCUCAGUAGAGGUUUGGGACAGACGCACCGGGAGGAUGGUGGACUGCAUUGACUGUGCUCAAAUCAUCAGGCAGAGCAGCUCUCGGGGCAGACCCUCACAGCAGGACCAUCCCACGGACAGCACCCCCGCCUGGGCUCAGGUCAAGACUCUCCUGGUCCAGUCUUUGGUGUGUCUUUGGGUCGGGACCAGAGGAGGUCACAUGAUCCUCGUGGAGCUCAGUAAGAACCAGGCUCUGCAAGUUCUGGGGCCGCACUGCCAGUCUGUGCGCUGCAUCGUCCCAUCCAACAGCGAAAGCACUUAAAAAAGGGAUCUGCCCAAAGUGGAUCAACGCACAAAACCUUACCUCAUAUCCUCAACAAAACCAAC